CAUUCUAACUUUCUUUCUCAUUUUUAAAAAAUGAUUUCGAAAACAUUUUUGUUCAAAUUUAUUCAAACGUUAGUUCAUUACCACCCAAUUGCCACAUAAACCCAAUUACUUCAGCUUCUUGAAACUGAAUCGACCCGAACUUGACCCGUUUUACAGUGAUGUUAACGUCUCCGGCCUCUUGAUAAGUCUCCUCUUCUUCUACACUUGCUCUCAUUCACUCUCCAUCGAAAUUCACAACUCAAAUCCGGUUAUGUUGUUUAGGCAUGUCCGAAUCUUCCAGUGACUUCGUUUCAAAUGGCUCUUGCUAUUGCAGUUACACAAUCAUGUGGCUUGUGUUUGAGUAGAAAACAGUUGAGAAGUGUUGUAGUCUUUGAAGCUAAGAGAGGAUACCGGAAUGUUUUCGGUAGAAAUAUGAGGUUUAGUAACUUCCUAGUAUCUAAAGUAUCGAGAAUUUGUUAUCGAUCAAAGCAUAAACAUGCUGAAAAGUUGCUGGUGGAAGUAGUCAGAUAUGACUCGAAAAGCUUAUCGGGUCGGUCUAAAUUGUUUAAUAAGGUACCAGUUCUAAUGGGUUAUAAUGGUUUUAAUGAUUUAAUUGAGAAUGGAGGAGGUGAAAAGCAAUCUGCUAAGAAUCUUAAGGAUGCUAUGGAUGAUUUUGAUGUUUCCUUGGCUUGUAAGAGGUUUCCAUCCAUCACGUUGGGUAACUCUCCUCCACUGGAGUUGUAUGAUGAGACCAAAUGUAGCUCUGAAAUGAGUAAUCUUUUAGCAGCUCAAAGUGCAUUUCUCCGCGUUUCUAUGGGUGAGAAUUGGGACAUAGAUCUAGAUAGUUUCUCUGAAGCAUGGCCUUCUCUGUGCCCUGGCCCUCCAAAUGUGAUAUCUUCCAUUGUUGGGGAAGAAAAUUCAAUUAAUUUGCCUUUAUCUUCUCAGUCCAUGCCUCUGAAAAUUGAAGAAAAUUCAAACAUUCCGGUUACUGUGGAGGAAUCUUCUUCCAGUUUCCAUCCAUCACGUUGGUCCAUGCCUCUGAAAAUUGAAGAAAAUUCAAAUAUUCCAGUUACUGUGGAGGAAUCUUCUUCCAGUAAGCUUCAAACUCCACCAAGUGCUGCACCUGUUGAGUUAUGGCUUGAGAGAUGGAUUAGUUGUGUGCCUGGAUUAAGUAAGAGGCUCCGUGGUCAGCUGGAAAACUGUGGCUUGCACACUUUGCGGAAACUACUACACCAUUUUCCUCGGACCUAUGCAGAUUUACAGAAUGCACAGAUUGAAAUUGAUGAUGGACAGUACUUUAUUUUUGUUGGAAAUGUGUUAUCUUCCAGGGGAAUGAGAGCUGGCUGUUCUUUUUCAUUUCUUGAGGUGAUUGUUGGUUGUGAGGUAGCAGACAUCAAAGUAACUUCUGAAGAUAUGGAUGACGAUAUUGUUGUUGCUAGUGAUAGAAAAAAGAAAAUUUAUUUGCAUCUAAAGAGAUUCUUCCGUGGCACUCGUUUUACAAGCAUACCUUUUCUUAGAAGCAUCGAGGGAAAGCAUAAAGUGGGAGAGUUUGUGUGUGUUAGUGGUAAGGUGAGGGCUAUGCGGUCUAAAGAUCACUAUGAAAUGAGGGAAUACAAUAUUGAUGUGUUGAAAGAUGAAGAUGAUUUAUCUCUUCUUGCAAAAGGGAGGCCUUAUCCAAUAUACCCAUCAAAAGGAGGCCUAAAUCCAGAUAUUCUAAGGGACACAAUAGCAAGUGCUUUGAACGUGUUGCCAGUUAAUUUUGAUCCCAUUCCUAAAGAAGUCACUCAGGAAUUCAAGCUUCUGAGUCUUUAUGAUGCAUAUGUUGGAAUUCAUCAGCCAAAGCAUAUAGAUGAGGCUGAUUUAGCUCGCAAAAGGCUUAUAUUUGAUGAAUUCUUCUACUUACAGUUGGCACGCUUAUUCCAAAUGCUUGAAGGUCUUGGUACACAACUAGAGAAAGAUGGGUUGCUGGAGAAGUACAAAAAACCUCAACUGAAUGCUGCUUAUAUCAAGGACUGGUCCAGCCUGACCAAGAAAUUUCUGAAAGCUCUUCCGUAUUCCCUUACUUCUAGUCAACUAAGGGCUGUUUCAGAAAUUAUAUGGGACCUCAAGCGACCUGUCCCUAUGAAUAGGCUUUUGCAGGGUGAUGUUGGAUGUGGAAAAACUGUGGUAGCUUUUUUAGCUUGCAUGGAGGUUAUUGGCUCUGGUUAUCAGGCAGCUUUUAUGGUUCCAACCGAGUUGCUUGCUAUCCAGCAUUAUGAGCACUUUCUUAAUUUGCUGGAGAAUAUGGAGCAGGACACUUGUAAGCCUUCUAUUGCUUUACUAACAGGUUCAACCCCACUAAAGCAAUCCCGCAUGAUUCGUAAGGAUCUCCAAUCGGGAGAUAUCUCUUUGGUCAUUGGAACUCAUAGUUUGAUAGCUGAAAGUGUUGAGUUUCGUGCUUUACGCCUAGCCGUUGUAGAUGAGCAACAGCGCUUUGGUGUUAUCCAGAGAGGAAGAUUUAACAGUAAGUUAUAUAAUACCUCUACAAGUUCAAGAGCAGAAACAGAAAAUUCAGAUGGGUCCUCAAAAGGUGAUGGGCAUAUGGCCCCUCAUGUUCUUGCCAUGUCAGCCACUCCUAUCCCGAGGACACUUGCUCUUGCCUUAUAUGGUGAUAUGUCCCUAACACAAAUAACUGACUUACCUCCUGGAAGAAAACCAGUUAAAACCUACAUUAUUGAAGGGAAUGAUAAUGGCUUUGAGGACGUCUACAAGAUGAUGCUUGAUGAAUUAGAAUCAGGAGGAAAAGUGUAUCUGGUGUAUCCAGUAAUUGAACAAUCUGAGCAAUUGCCUCUACUUCGUGCUGCUUCUGCAGACCUUGGAACUAUAUCAGCCAGGUUUAAGAAUUUCAGCUGCGGAUUGUUACAUGGGAGAAUGAAGAGUGAUGAAAAAGAUGAAGCAUUAAGACGGUUUAGAUCUGGAGAAACACAUAUUCUGCUUUCUACUCAAGUAAUUGAAAUAGGUGUUGAUGUUCCAGAUGCAUCUAUGAUGGUUGUUAUGAAUGCUGAGAGAUUUGGAAUGGCUCAGUUACACCAACUUAGAGGACGAGUUGGACGUGGAGAGAGGGAAUCUAAAUGCAUAUUAGUUGCAUCUAGCACUAAUAGCCUAAACCGGCUGAACGUGCUGGAGAAGUCUUCAGAUGGAUUUUACUUGGCAAAUAUGGAUCUUCUUCUGCGUGGACCUGGUGACUUGCUUGGCAAAAAACAGUCGGGACACCUUCCAGAAUUUCCUAUUGCAAGAUUGGAAAUUGAUGGGAAUAUUUUACAAGAUGCGCAUUUAGCUGCCCUGAAAAUUUUGAGUGAUUCAAAUGAUCUAGAGCGAUUUCCAGCACUUAAAGCAGAGCUUAGCAUGCGACAGCCACUGUCUCUUUUUGGUGAUUGAAGUAGAGCUCUAACAGAGCCCAAAGUUUAUAUCGUCCAGACAAUAAUUAUUCAAAACAAGAGCAUUUCAUGCCACAGCAUCUUGCCCAGUUUUUGUGCAGUUAAAUUCAUAAUAUCUUUUGGUAGUUGUAAUUCUGUUCAUAAUGUAAUGCUUAUGGUUUUAAAAUUCCAUUUAUCAACUUUCUAGUGAUAAGCCCCAAAACUUCAAUGUUGUAUUUUCUU